GUGUUACUGAGCCUCCGACGCAGCCCUGCCUAUUAUUUUGCUUGACGUUCUUCCUUCUUGCUCUUAUCACACAGUUUGGGAAUGUCUUUUUAUGUAGGCAAAUGUUACAACUGAUAGUAAUGAAGGAUAUCUGCAAGAAUCCAAGAUAAAUAAUUUUUCGAACGUUGAUUAUUAUUCGACGGCUACUUUUUCGGAAGUGGUCCAUCGCGAACAGAAAGAGAAAGGGGGUAACUGUAUAUUCGCCGAUGCUUUAUCCGCAAUUGUCAUGUCGUUGUAUUGUUUCUGUUGACGGUUAAUUAUUAAAUAAUCAACUAUGAAAUGCUGGUUGACAAUUAGUCUUAAGUCGUUCAGUGUUUUGCCUUGGGAGUGGUUGGUUUUGCGAGCAUCAUUUGGCACCCCCCAAAAAAAUACAUAUUUCUCAACGACAGACAUCCCCCCAUGGUCGUGGUACGCGCAGACUACCUGACCUAUGUUUUUAGUUUUGCCAAUUGUUUUUAUUGGAUAUAACAAACUUCUGUGUUCCGGACAUACACCCACAGGCAUCACUGGACCACACAUAAUUGCUUUCUAAAACAUAUUUUUAGUAUAGUAAUGGUGCGAUAGUUAGAAUAAACCCAUUUUGGUUUCAUUUUAUUUCCAUAAUGAAGCACAGCAUUGAUGCCUUUCUUCACAUGAAGAAUCAGCCAAACAUGAAGUGGAUAGCCUAGUAAGUAGGCUAUUCAGACCGUUUUCUAGACAAUUGUCUGUAUAAUUUCGUGUUCGGUGCUGCCCUUUUACAAUAAAAAUGAGUAUUGUUUGAGGAUAAAAUUCUGUCUCACUGCUCUCGAACCUGGGGUUGCCGGUAGGAUUGGCGUCUAUUGCCUUUGAACACUGGCUAGGCGGUGGAGCGGCCAAUGUCGACUGUUAUCCUCGGUAGAAUACAACGUUAAUCCUGUACAUACCUACAUACAAACCAAGUUGGCAUUUAGUCUGAUAGAAAGGAUACCUCAGGGACAAUGACUUCUCGUGCAGCACUACCUGGGAACGAUCGGAAAUCGGACCUCCAUACCUCUCUCUCGACGAGCCGCUCGGAGAAAAGCACCGGUUGGUCGAGCAGAUCACUCGGAGCACGAUGCCGGAACUCUAUCGCCUCAUGUUCGGACGAGCAGCCGCACAUCGGCAACUACCGUCUGCUCAAGACCAUCGGCAAGGGCAACUUCGCCAAGGUCAAGCUGGCCAGGCACAUCUUGACGGGCAAAGAGGUUGCAAUAAAGAUCAUUGACAAAAACCAGCUCAACCCGACCAGCCUACAGAAGCUCUUCAGAGAGGUACGGAUCAUGAAAGGCCUCAACCACCCAAAUAUCGUGCAGCUGUUUGAGGUGAUCGAGACAGAGAAUACGCUCUAUCUGAUAAUGGAGUACGCCAGUGGAGGUGAAGUGUUUGAUUACCUCGUGUCCCAUGGGAGAAUGAAAGAGAAAGAGGCGCGGGCCAAAUUCCGUCAGAUUGUGUCUGCUGUACACUACUGUCACCUGAAGAACAUUGUUCACAGGGAUCUUAAAGCGGAGAAUCUCUUGCUGGAUGCCGACUCCAACAUCAAGAUCGCAGACUUUGGCUUCAGUAACGAGUUCACCAUGGGCAACAAGCUGGACACGUUCUGUGGUUCCCCUCCCUACGCCGCACCAGAGCUGUUCCAGGGGAAGAAGUACGACGGGCCUGAGGUGGACAUCUGGAGCCUGGGGGUCAUCCUCUACACUCUGGUCAGCGGAUCGCUGCCCUUCGACGGGCAGAACCUCAAGGAGCUGCGGGAGCGUGUUCUGCGGGGGAAGUACCGCGUGCCUUUCUACAUGUCCACCGACUGCGAGGGCAUCCUGCGCAGGUUCCUGGUGCUCAACCCCACCAAACGCUGCACCCUGGAGCAAAUCAUGAACGACAAGUGGAUUAACUCUGGCUACGACGGAGAAGAACUGAAGCCUCAUAUAGAGCCCCUGGAGGACCAUAAUGAUGCCAGCCGCAUCGAGGUGAUGGUGGGGAUGGGUUACACCCGUGACGACAUCAAAGACGCUCUGACCACUCGGAAGUACAACGAGGUCACCGCCACCUACCUGUUACUGGGACGCAUGAAUGAGGUGGAGGGCAGCGAGUCUCGGUCAACCAGCAGUCUGAGCCUGGCGCGGGUACGGCCCAGCACCGUCAUCAACGGCACCAGUAAACACUCCACCUCCUCCACCACCUCCGCCUCGGCCUCCUCCUCCUCUCACAGCAAGACCACCCAGCGCAGCGCCUCCACCUACCACCCCCGCAGGAGGCACAGUGACUUCUGCGGUCCAGCAGCGCCCCCAUCCCACCCCAAGCGUAGCCCCAGCAGCGUGGCGGGGGCAGACAGGGAGCUGAAGGAGGAGGGGGGGCGCAUGGCGUCCCGGAAGGUCAGCAGCAGUGUGGUGGGCAGCCGUUCCAUCCAGCCCCCCUCCAGCCCCAUGGUCAGCAGCGCCAACAACCCCAACAAGUCAGAGAUCCCCGACCGCCGCAAGGAGAUUAUCACCGCCACGAACAACGUCCCGGCAAGUGCCAUGAUCCGCCGGAACACAUACGUGUGCACCACGGACCGGAACAGCACAGACAGGCCCUCCCUGCUGCAGAACGGCAAGGAGAACAGCUCCAUUUCCCACCGGCUGCCCCCGGCCUCGCCCUCUACCCACAGCAUCGCUGGGGCCUCGGGGACCUCCUCCUCCGCGGGCUCCCGCCUCACCCGGGGCUCCAGCAUCCGCAGCACCUUCCACGGUGGCCAGCUGAGGGACCGGCGGCCUCCCUCCCACGCCCCUCCCACCUCCCCCACCCUGUCCCACGACGCAAGCCCCCUGCCCCACGCACGUACCCGCGUCACCUCCAACCUGUUCAGCAAGCUCACCUCCAAGCUCACACGCAGGGUCACAGACGAACCUGAGAGAGUCUGCAGAUCUCCGGUCACAAGUCGCCAUCUACCUGGGCAUCAAAAAGCGUCAGAGCCCCGGACCCCCCGAUGCGGCUGGGAUGUGAGGGUGCGGAGCCCGCGGGACCCGGCGGAGGUGGUGCUGGCGCUGCGCGAGGCGGCCCAGGGCUGCGGCUGCCAGGUCCACCUGGCUGGGCCCUUCCUGCUCUCCUGCACCCACGGGGCGGCCGGCUCACGCGUGGCCUUCGAGGCUGAGGUGUGCCAGCUGCCCGCCGGUCCAGCCGAGACCAGCGGCGUGCGCUUCAAACGCCUGUGGGGGGCGCCGCUCGCCUUCCGGGAUAUCGCCACAAAAGUGUCCAAAGAUCUGGAGCUCUGAGGGCAACAGGGGGUGGGGCAGAGGGCUUCUACACUGGACAGACUGACCGAGGGGGCGGGAGAAGGAGACAGACUGAACCCGCUACCCCCACUGCCAACCUCGCCUCACCCCCGCCAAAGACCCGCUUCUGGUGCCACACGGACACGCAGGCACACCGGCACGGACGGCCCGGCCCCGCCACUCACAGACCUAUGACCUAUGAACCCUGCUAAGGCACCUCAAUAUUAUGUGAAUCUAGGGAGUCAAGCAGUUCUUUUUUAAUUCCGUAUUUGCAGAUUAAGAUAUUUUUCGUCAACGUAGUUAUGAUUAUAUUAUAUUUGUUGUCAUUCCUUUUUAACAGCUGCUAUUUAAAAGGUUUUUAAUAUUGUUUUUCUUUUCUUCACUUCAAUGAGCAAUUGACAGACUGAAUGCAUAUUUAAGAAACAAGGGGGCCAGCCCUUUCCUAGACAGAACUCCAGGCUAUAGAGCAGGGGUGUCAAACUCAUUUUGCCAUGGACGCCACAUUCGUUCUUCAACGAGGUCCGGACGGCAACACUGAAAAUGUGUUAUAUUUCCUUGCCGUCAAAAUUAGCAUAAAAUAGUCUAUCCACCCUAUCCAUAAUUUUUUGCAUUUUUUAUGCUCCCUAACUGUCUAGCUUUCAUUUCAGUGAUUAUUAACAAUCUGGACACAAUCAAUAAACUGUUUGAAUGUAGGUCCAUUAUCUUAUAAUUUCUACACAGUUUCGAUUUGGUUGUAGUCAAUUUAAAAUAAUUUCAAAAUCAAAUUUUAUUUGUCACAUGACCUUACUGUGAAAUGCUUACAUACAAGCCCUUAACCAACAAUGCAGUUUUAAGAAAAUACCUAUAAAAAAAGGUAAGAGAUAAGAAUAACAAAUAACUAAAGAGCAGCAGUAAAUAUCAGUAGCGGGACUAUAUACAGGGGGUACCGGUACAGAUAUAUAAAAAAAAAGACUCCUUUUUUGUUGUUAUUUUUGUGGGGUUUUACUCAAACCCGCAGGCCAGAUUGGACCCCCUCGCGCACCGCAGGCCAUAUUUUUGACACCCCUGCUAUAUAGGGAGCCACGCCGAAAUGCAGAGACGGACAACAAAAAAUAUUCUGUAAAACAAAUGCCAGACCCUUCUACCCAUCCAUCGUCUGCUCAAUUCUGUACGACCCCGUCUGCUACUCUCAUCAAGUUUCGAUUUGUGUUUUGUAUAUACCGGAAUGUUGGUUGCUAAUGAGCAAGGCUGUCUGACUUCAAUGUCCAAAGCAGAGUAGGUGAUGACUGCUCUUCUGAGCCACUAACCUUUAGAUUUUCUGCGUUUCAGCAGGUAAUGUACACAAGCAUUCUACACGUUCUUCUGGUAACACUUUUGGUUUAGCAAUAUCACCUCUUGUAAUUGUAUUUCCUCUUAAAUGUUACAGCACAUCCACAGGGCCAAGAUUCCAAACUUGAUUUGAUGUAAGCUGUGUUUAGUAUUAUGUUGGGGAAUAUUGCUUGUCACAUUUCCACAAUCACAAUUUGGAUCACUUUUUAGUAUAAAAUGACCCAAGAUCGCAUAAAAAAGAAAAUGACAUCAACUCCUAAUUUUCUGCUCAAAAAGAAAAGGAUAUGAUUGAUCAAACAGACUAUAAUAACUACAGCAACGCUAGUUGAAUUGCAUUAACUAUUUAUGUCCAUCGAUUCCUUUAUCUGUGGUUCCCUGGAGGAUGAGUUCCGAACUGCUCCUCAACACAGCCCUCGGCAACACUGAGCUUCCCUUCUGGUAGCCAAUCAGACUUCUGUAUUGCUGAGGGGGGUAGUUUAGAACGUGACCCUGGGUGACCUUGUUGAAAUGAACCCUGACACUCUUCUAUAAAUGAACCACGAUUCCAAGCUGCUCACAAUUGAUCCAAGUCAGGUAGAUAGUCACUCACUCACUCCGGCCUUGACUGUUUGUCACUGGCUUUGAUUUGCACCAAUAUACAGUAAUGAUCCUUGUCGCCUGUCAGUGGGUCAUAGCAGCAGACAUGCCAGAACAUCGUUCCCAGUUGCUGCAGUGGGCUCUUCUAGUUUAGAUCUCUCAACCAUGUUUCUAUUUUCUCAGCUCAGACUGUGUUGUUGGUGUCACUGAAUGUUCCUCAACCUUCCUUGUUUUCUGAAAGUCUGUCUGGCCUUUGUAAAUGGCUCAAAGAUUCAUCAACAGUGGAUGAUGUUCUCAUUACAGAGUGUGCUUGUUUGUCACUGUUACACCUCUGACCAUUUCCGCCAGCCUGCCUACACUGGACUGCCUGCCCAACACAAUAACAAAUCGUCAGUUGUUUUCAAACAUUUUCCACCUUAUUCCUUUUGGCAAAAAGAUUUAUUGCACACAUGUAUGGCAGUAGUACAUAGCAAUCCAUGACACUACAAUGACUUCAGUUUUCCCGUUGCAAGGAAUCAUGGGAGAUUUUAGUUGCUACAGGUGGCCACAAAUGUCUUAAAAUGUGAAAGCUGUGAUUUUGUGCAAUUUUUGGGCAACUUUGCCCAAAAUAGGACCUCUCUUGCCCAACAAUUCCCAUAUAUAUUGCUUAAAGCUUAGGACCAUGCUUCAACGGUAGGAAGUAGUAGUGCGUUUGAAGCAGUCGCUGUUAUCGAUAAAACGGGGUGCAAAUAUGGAAAUGACUGACCUGCAGUCCUGCAUGUCUCAUAGGAAAAUUGUGUUGAAGCAAAAAUAAAUUCUCCUUUCAAACUCUGA